AUCUUUAUAAUAUUAACGUGAAAAAUACAAUUUUAAGAUUAAAAAAAAUGCUUCUUAUUAAGCAAGGUGUUUAGCAUCUACAAAUCCGGUUGUGUAAAGCGUUUCACUUUUAAAAAACGGAGGGAGUAGAAGCAAUCCCUAUCUACUUUGAUGAAAAAGAAAUUAUUUACUUUAAGAAAAAUUAUUAAAAUGAAAAGUAACUGGAUAUUAGCAUCAUCCUUUGGUCAUGGUUGCGUUAUAAGCUAAAGUAAAAGGCAGAGAGGCCCAUAUAGCAAUACUAUUGGAUUUGAACCGCUAGUUAGUAUACACUACACCCUAGUGUAGGUACCAUAACCUACACCCCCUACAAAACGCAGCGUUUGCGUUUUUCCCCUACCCCCACAAACUACAGUAACUACCCCCACUCACUCCCACUAACCACAGUAAAUUAGAAAUAACUUCCCCUACCCCACAUAUAUAUUAUUAAAAAAAAAAAAAAACUAUCCAUUUCAAAUUAUUCUCUCUCUAAAAACCAUCUUCUUCAUUUCUCUAGAAUUUCUCUCUCAUCAACACCGUCGAAUCGGAACGAAAUUCUCUUCAAAUUAUUGCAAAAUUGCUUCAAAACACUUCAUAAUUGCUUCAAAUGUCUGAUAUUCGAGAUGAAAUUAAACAAUCACAAAAAAAAGAUGCGAUUUUGCAAAAAACCACUACAGAGAAGAACAUGAAAGAAGAAACUGCAAAAUCGGAGCAAAAUGUAUCUAAAGAUAUGAUUUUGGAGAAGAAUACUUCAGAGACGAGUAAUUUGUUGAAAAUUUCUGAAGAAAUAGACGAUGAUGAUGAUGUACCUCUUCAGUCAAGAGUAGACAAAUUGAAAAAAAACCGCCAAAAUGAUCCAAUUGUAGAUCCGGAACUUUUAAAAGAUAUUGACAAGUCAAUUGGUACGGAUUUAACAAUGUCUCCACUACCAAGUGAACAAAGUGAGAACAUUCCUGCUACUAAUGCAACAACUAAGAGUGUGUCUGCUACACAUAACACAACUGACAAAGAGAGUAGGGAUGAAAGCAAGCAAGAAGAAGUUCAACCAAAAGUGCAAAGCAAUCCAGUAAAGAAUAGUCUUGGCCAAAAAAAACCCAAAGAUGAUUCAAGAAUAACAACAUUAAAGGACAAGAUGCAAGAAAUACAUUUAGACAUAGAGAGAAACCCAAAAAAGUACAAAGAAUCGACAAUCAGAAUUAUGAGAAAUCUCAAAAGAAUGGAAAAGGCAAGCAAGGAAAUCAGGAAAGGUGAAGCAAAAAAGAAAGAAAAAGGGCCAAUAGAAGAGAAAACUGUGGAAAAAGAAGGACAAGAAGGAAAAAAAGGGACUGAAAAAGAGAAAAGCCCUAAAGACAAAACUGUGGAAGAUGUCUUUCCAAAGACAACAAAUGUAGAAGAAGGACAAGAGGGAAAAAAAGAGCCUGAAAAGGAGAAAAUCCCUAAAGAGAAAACAGUGGAAGAUGAGUCUACAAAGACAACAGAUCCGAAAGCACAAAUUGCACCUGAUUUUGUUCAAAUUGAGGAUGAAACUUAUCUUCUAGAUCAAGAUGAUGAUAAAGUUUCCACAAAACUUAGUGAGGAGACAGCUCCAUCAUCACAAAAAAGUGAUCAGUCAACCAAAAUGAAAACAAGAUACAAAAUGGUUGCAAGGAAAAACAAAAACAAAAGCCUUGUUGUUGUGCCAAGUGGUAGAAUUACAAGGAGCCAAGAUGUUCUGUUAGAUGAAUCUGAAAAGGGAAGCCUGAAGAAGGAUGUUGAACCUGCUAAAGAAACCGCAAAAAUAGGACAGAAGAGAAGAAUGUCUACAAGGAAUUUUCCUAUUCAAAAGGAAGCUGAUGCACCACCUCCAGCACCUACUCCAAUAAAAAAAAUGGCAGGUGCUCCUGCUGAAUAUCCUCCAGACCAAGGCAAAAAGGGUGGGAAAAAGAAAACUCUAGAAGAAGUGAAGAAAACUUCUAAGGUUGCUGGCAAAAGAAAAGCAGAUGUCAGUCCUGCCAAGAGAAAUGCUGGAAAGAGAAAAAAAAUACAAGAAGUACCAUCAGAUGAACCCUCUCAAGAUCCUACUGAUGAAAGUUCUACUGACAGUGAUGAUGAUAGUGAAGAGUCAGUUUAUAGAGCAGAAGAAGAGCCUGUCAGUGAGGAUGAUUAUGAGGUGGAGGAAGAGGAGGAAGAGGAUGAAGUAAAGCCAAGGAAGAAACAGGCAAAGAAAGGGAAUUCAGUGAAGGCAAAGGUUGAAAAGGAGGAGCAAAAGAUGGUACUGUAUGAUGAAGGAAAGAUUGAAGGUAGGAGAAAAAAGAAAAUGAAAACUGAAAUGGUUCAAGCAAUAGAAACUGAUGAAGUUGAGGAAAUUCAGGAAGAUGAAUUUGAGGAAGAGAAAUCUUCAAAGAGAGGAGGACAUGUGAAGUUCAUUGCAUGGAUAAAAAAGAUGACACCUACCCAAAAACAACAAGUUGUUGAUAUAGGGUUAGGAUCACUUCUUGACAUUAGUUUACCUCAGCUUGAUCAAAAGUUCUGUAACUGGUUAUUGGGAAGUUUUGAAGAAAAUAGCCAGUGUUUUGAACUACCAAAGAAUGAAAAAAUAGAAAUUGAGGUAGAGGAUGUUAGGGUAGUUUAUGGCUUGCCUACAGGAGAAAUUCCAAUUGUUGAGCCAAAGUCUGAUAAAAUUAGUGAGGAGUAUGCAGAAUUUCUGAAGAAAUGGAGAAAAUCAUGGUCAGGAAAAACUCCAUCAGUGAGUCAGAUUGUGAAUGGAUACAUAAAUGAUAAAUUCACCAACAACAGACCACCAAGUGAACAUUUCAUUACUAACUUUUUAGCAGUGGCUGUGAACUGCUUGAUGAAAUGUGUAUCAAACAAUCAAUGCCAUUUCAAAUUUCUUUAUUCUAUGAUGGACAAAGAAAACAUAAAAAAUUUGAACUGGUGUCAGUUUGUAUAUGACUCACUUAUCAAAUGUCAUGUUGAUUGGAGAAAGCAGCAAGGCAAGGGGUUCUACAAAGGCCCUCUUCAAUUUCUGAUGUUGUUCUAUUUUGAUAGAGUUCAGAGGUUAGACAAAAGGCCUCCAAGAACAAUUCCUAUCAUAUCUGCAUGGAAUAGAGACAUGGUUCUUGAGAGGUUGAAGAUUGAAUUAGAAUUGGGAUUUGGGAGAGGGAAAAUUCUACCAAGGAUUGCUGCAGAAGUUGAAGAAAGUCCUAAGGUUUUUAUGGAUGAUUUUGUUUCCCUGGUAAAAACAACUUGUUCAAACCUGUCAAAGCUUUCUUCAAAAUUGGUGAAGGCAAAGGAUAUCUUCCCUGGAAAUGACUUGGUGAAAAAAGUUGAUGAAGUUUUAGGAAAGGUGGUAGCUAGGGAACCAUCAAUUCUAAGCCAAGAUGAAGAAUUCUUUGGCAGUGAGGAUUUCCUAAAUGCACUUGCACAAGCUGAGAAGAAUCUGAUGCAAGGGUCUGAAAAGCAAACAACUGAGAAGCAAAUGACUGGGAAGAAAUUAACCAAAAAGGGAAAGGAAAAAGAACAAGAAUAUGACAUCAGAAAAGCUUUCAGCUUGGGGUUGACUCCACCUUCUCCAGCUAUUGGUAAAUUCUAACUAAAAGAGACUAUAUAUCCUAAUUUUUAUAUGAAAAAUUCUAAAUUUGUGGUCUAAAUUGUCCUAAACAGAAACAGGGCCCACCUUUUCAACACUUGGUGAUAUAAUUGAACAACCAAUAAUUUCAACAAAUGCUGAAGAAAAGGAUGUGGGUAAAACUUCAGCAGCUUCAGAACAAAGAAUUGAAGAAUUUUCUAGAACUGACGCAGCAACUGGUUCAAAAUUUGAUGCUGACACUAGGUCAGAUAAUGAAGGAUUGCCUAGAACAGAUGCAGGAUCUGGUUCAGUGGUUGAUGCUGACCCUAGGUCAGAUGGUGGUGAAAAAAGUGAUGAUCCAAAAAACACAGUUGAAGGUGGAAAACAAAACAAGGAAGAUGUUUUUGAAAAAACAAAAAAUGAUGAAAAAGUGGAGGGGUAAAAUCCUGAAGACAUGUCUUACUAUUAGGGUUAUGUAAUGGUGUAGGAUAAAAUAUCUAGAUGGAAAAAUUUAACUUAUGUUACUAUCGUGUUGUAACUUGAAACUGGUGUUUCUCAAACUAUUGUAUGUGUGAACAUUAUUUUGUUGAAUAUGUAAUAUGAAUGUGUGGUUUAUGUUAAAUCAAUAGGUUUAUGUUAAA